AUGGGUGACGAGGAAGCGAAGAACUUGCCUAUGGAGCUGAGUGAGAAGGGAGGUGUGGAGAACAAYGGCUUUGUUCAGAAUGAGGCUUUUGACGAGAAGGAGACCAACACGAGUGGCCAAGAAGAAGUCCCAAAAACGUGCGUUGUUGGGGUGAACCCAGCGGCUCUGGAGGAGCCGGCUCUGGAGCCGUAUGCUGGGAUGCCCAAGGAAGUCCUGCUGAAGUUCUCCAGACAAGCCCGCUACCGAGUCACCAGAGAGAUUCUCUUCUGGCUUAUAAUCGCCUCGGCAGUGGUGCUGGUGUGUGCCACCAUUGCAAUCAUCGCCCUGUCGCCCAAGUGCCUCGACUGGUGGCAAGCUAGUCCGAUUUACCAGAUCUAUCCUCGUUCUUUUAAGGACAGCAACAUGGAUGGGAAUGGUGAUCUGAAAGGUAUCCAAGAAAAACUGGACCAUAUCACAUACUUGAAUAUAAAAAACAUCUGGAUCACCUCUUUCUAUAAGUCUCCCUUAAAAGACCUUGGAUAUGGAGCUGAAGAUUUCUAUGAYGUUGACCCCAUGUUUGGGUCAAUGAGUGAUUUUGAGAACCUGAUUGCAGCUAUACAUGACAGAGGGCUGAAGCUGAUAAUGGAUUUAAUACCGAACCACACCAGUGACAAGCACAGGUGGUUCCAGCUGAGCCGCAACCGGACGGGCAAGUACCGCGACUACUACGUGUGGCACGACUGCGCGCGGGCCGGCGGCUCCCUCGCGCCCCCCAACAACUGGGUGAGUGUCUAUGGGAAUUCCAGCUGGCAGUUCGAUGAGGUGAGAAAGCAGUGUUAUUUUCAUCAGUUUGGGAAAGAACAACCAGACUUAAAUUUUCGCAGCCCUGCUGUUCAACAAGAAAUCCACGAUAUUAUCAAAUUCUGGCUUGGCAAAGGAAUUGAUGGAUUUAGUUUCAGYGCUGUUAAAUUUCUUCUUGAAGCUACGCAUCUAAGAGAUGAGCCUCAAGUGAACAAGUCACAGAAUCCAGAGGAUGUCACAGCCUAUUCCCAGCUCUACCACGACUACACCACGUCGCAGGUGGGGACGCACGACCUCCUGCGUGGCUUCCGCCACACCAUGGAUCAGUUCAGCAGCGAGCCCGGCCGCUACAGGUUUAUGAGUUCUGAUGCUGAUGACAAGGAAGAUACUGAAGCAACGAUGAUGUAUUAUGGAACAUCUUUUAUCCAAGAAACAGAUUUUCCCUUCAAUUUCUACCUAAUUAACUUGAAAAAUCUGUCGGGUAACAGUAUAUUUGAAGCUGUCAACCUGUGGAUGAAAAACAUGCCUGCAGGAAAAUGGCCAAACUGGGCGGUUGGAAACCCUGGCAGCGCUCGGAUUUCAUCUCGGAUUGGAAAGGAGUAUGUCAAUGUUUUCAACAUGCUGCUUUUAACCCUUCCUGGCACACCCAUAACUUACUACGGUGAAGAAAUCGGAAUGGAAAACAUUGCAUCAGGAGAGGUAGGUGAAGAGCCCAUGAACUCUACCUUUCCAGAGAAAUCCCCCAUGCAGUGGGAUAGCAAAUUAAACGCUGGCUUCACUGAAGGCAACAGUAGCUGGUUACCCGUUAACCCUGACUAUGAAAGUGUAAAUGUUGAGGCUCAGAAGACCCGGUCCAGCUCGAGCCUGAACUUGUACCGGGAGCUGGCUGGCCUUCGCGCCGCGGAGCUGCCGCUGCAGCGCGGCUGGAUGUGCCACGUCUGGAACGACAGCAACCUCUUUGUGUACGUGAGGGAGCUGGAUGGCUUAGACAGGGUCUUUAUGAUGGUUCUCAAUUUUGGACAGGAAUCGACGAUAGACCUGAAAGCUGUAGUUCCCAACCUCCCCUCGGAAGCUUCCGUAAGGCUGAGUACUAAUUUCAGCAAUGCUGGUAAAGUUGUCAACACCCAAAUAGUUAAAACUGACACGGGAGAAGGCCUGGUCCUUCAAUAUAAAACAGAAAAGCCAGUUCAUACUAUGGAAGCUUUUCAAGAAAAUUGUUUUGUGGCAGAGAAAGCAUGUUAUUCCCCUGCCUUCAAUUUACUCUACAUGAACUGUUAAGUGCAGAAGCAGAAUAAUCAAGCCCUCAUUAAUUUAGAAAAUGUUGGUUUCAGGGAAUGUUAGCAUUUUCCCUGGCUUUUCCAAC